AUGGAAUCAGGAAACAUGGAUACAGACAGCCCUCCUGGGUACAACCAAUACCUUGUGGCAAGAUCUGUUUACUCAGAGCCCGCUUUCCAGGAGGAGAAUGAAAAGAAGGUGAUUGUUCAAAAGACUGUCCAGGAGAAGCUGCAAAAGAGCUGCAGCUGUACAUCCAGAAGAGCUCUUUUGAUAGUCAAGUCAUUUUUCCCAAUUCUGGACUGGCUGCCAAAGUACAGAUGGAAAGAGUGGUUUGUACAUGACCUUAUCUCAGGAGUCAGCACGGGGCUUAUUGGCACAUUACAAGGUUUGGCCUUUGCAUUGCUUGCUGCGGUACCAGUAGGAUACGGCCUCUACUCAUCGUUCUUCCCCAUUUUAACAUACUUCUUCCUGGGAACAUCUAAACACAUCUCCGUUGGGCCAUUUCCAGUAGUCAGCCUGAUGGUUGGUUCAGUUGUUUUGUCUAUGGCUCCUGAUUCACAAUUUACCAUGUCAAGUAACAACACUGGACUGAACCAGACAGUAAUAAACACAGUGGCCAGGGACGCAGCUAGAGUUGUGGUUUCAGGGACCCUAAGUUUCUUAAUUGGAAUCAUUCAGCUUUUACUAGGUGUUUUCCAAAUUGGCUUCAUUGUCAGGUAUCUGGCAGAUCCACUAGUUGGUGGCUUCACCACGGCAGCAGCUUUCCAAGUGUUUGUCUCACAAUUCAAGCAAGUGCUGAAUGUUCCCGCGGGUAACUACAAUGGAGUAUUCUCUAUAAUAUAUACAAUUAGAGACAUCUUUCAAAACAUUGGAAAAACCAAUAUUUGUGAUCUGAUUGCUGGACUUCUGACCUUCAUUUUGUGCGUUGUGGUGAAAGAACUUAACGAUCGAUACAAGCGCUACUUACGAGUACCAAUUCCUAUAGAAAUCAUUGUGACAAUAGUGGCAACAGGGAUUUCGUAUGGAGCCAAUUUACAACAGAAAUAUAAUGCAGGGAUCAUAAAAACAAUUCCUAGUGGAUUUAUACCUCCAAUGACACCAGAUGUCAGUAUGUUUUCAGAAAUGAUUGGCUCAGCAUUUUCCAUUGGUAUAGUGGCUUAUGCUGUGGCCGUAUCUGUGGGGAAAGUGUAUGCCACAAAACACUGCUAUGCCAUAAAUGGUAAUCAGGAGUUUAUUGCAUUUGGCAUCAGCAACCUGUUUGGUGGCGCUUUCUCCUGCUUUUGUGCCACAACUGCACUGUCACGUACUGCCGUCCAGGAAAGCACAGGUGGGAAAACCCAGAUAGCUGGUCUAAUUUCAGCCGUCAUUGUGUUAAUUGCAAUAGUGGCACUUGGCAGACUUCUCGAACCAUUACAGAAGUCUGUGCUGGCCGCUAUUGUCAUAGCAAAUCUUAAGGGAAUGUUCUGGCAAGUGCUUGAUGUACCUCGCCUAUGGAAGCAGAACAAGUGGGACUCGGUCAUAUGGGUGUUCACGUGUAUUGCAGCUAUCAUACUGGGACUCGAUCUAGGACUGUUGGCUGGUUUAGUUUUUGGAUUGCUAACUAUUGUUCUGCGUGUUCAGUUUCCCUCAUGUGGUGCUCUUGGAAAUGUACCUGGAACAGACAUCUACAAGGAAGUCAAAAAAUAUAAAGGUGUUGUUGAACCAAAUGGAAUUAAAAUUGUUCGAUUUACUAGUGGAAUUUUCUAUGGGAAUAUCGAUGGUCUGAAAAGUGGCAUCAAAUCAAUUGUUGGAUUUGAUGUCAUCAAAGUUUAUAACAAGAGAAUCAAAGCACUGAGGAAAAUAAACAAACUUAUUAAGAAAGGACAAUUAAGAGCAACUAAGAAUGGUAUCCUCAGUGAUACAGGUACCGAUAAUGAUGGGUUUGAGCCCGAUGAUGACCUUGAAGACCCAGAAGGAGAGCAGAACCCAGAAGUUCAAAUGAAAGAAGUGGAAAUCCAAGUAGACUGGAAUUCAGAGCUGCCUGUAAAAGUGAAUGUACCAAGAGUCACUAUUCACAGCCUUAUUUUUGACUUUGGCCAAAUAUCUUUCCUUGAUGUUGUGGCAGUAAGGUCUCUGAAACUGAUAUAUAAAGAAUUCAAGAGGAUUGAUGUAGACGUGUACAUAGCAGCAUGUGAUGAUAAUGUUUUAAAAAAGAUGGAAGAAUGUUUGUUUUUUGAUGACCAGAUCAAGCCAGACAUCUGUUUCUUGACUAUUCAUGAUGCUAUACUAUAUAUAGAGAAUUACAGAAAGUUCAAUGAUGCAAGUGAUCCUAUAUUGGAAAAGAUCUCACUAAUGCAAGAGUCUAAAGAACCACUGGAAUACACAGACAUUGAUCCACCAAUCGAGGACCUGGAUGCCCAAGAGGAGUUUGGCACCAAUCAUUGCUUUAUAUUGGACAAUUCUUCAUUAUUCUUCAGGCACAUUUUAUCUUAUUCAUAUGAACAUUUCUUCAAUGCAUCUUCAAUACUGAUCCUGCUUAUCUUUAUGCCAUUCACUGCAAUACGUCAGUUUAUAUAUGGUGACUAA